AUGCCUCCUUUGAACUUGGCAAAGAAGCUAAAACCAGCCAGAAAGGCCUGGAGGAGCUUCACCAUCAAAGUGAAGUCGAAACUCGAAACCUUCGACGUCUUGAAUUCUAUCAAAUCGACGACGACUCGUCUCCUCGAGUUCUGCUCGUUCCAUCUCUUUGCUCCAUUCAAGAAACGGUUCCUUUCAAGCCGACUUCGACGGUUCAACUACGACUACCUCUACACUUACCAAAACCAGCCCAGGAAUCGGAAAGUUAUAUACAUAGACCAGCUCUACGGUGAGCCUAUGUCAAUGCAAUUGCAAGGAAAGCACAAGGAACCACCGCAGGAGGCGGAGACGAGCAGACGAAGCGGAGAAGUAGUGGAAGAGAGUAGAGGUGUGUAUAGUAUUGAAGAUGCAUGGAAAGCUGUGGUUGCGAAAUCACCACAUUUAAGGGGAGUGGAUGAACGAGCCGAUGAGUUCAUAUACAAGUUUCGAGAAGAGAGGAAGCUGGAGAAGGAACGAAGUGAUCUCGAUUUCCAGGAGAUGUUGGCUCGAAGUGCAUGA